CACCCCUGUUCGAAAAACCCUCCCCCCCGUCCCGUUCGAUCGCCGAAACGGAAGCCUCCCCCUGUCCCGCGCCCACCCGCCCGGCGGCCGCGGCAAUGGCCGCGCCGAAAGGUGGGAUGAUCAUCGAUUGGCAAGCGAUGGACCCCAACUCCCCCGCGGCGGAGUUGGAGGUCGUCGGCUCUCUCUCUCUGCCCUUCACGCCGCAUCGCCCGGCGGCGGCGAGCGCCCACCGCGACAGCGAUGAUGGCGGGGGCGAGGUGGAGUUCUCGGACAAAACCGAUCAGGAACUGGGGGCGAAGAUUAGAUUUUGGGAGGGGGAGUUGCAGCAGGGUGUACUCCGGAAGACGGAGGAUAAUGGUAAAAAGAUGCGGGCACUCGUCGGCCGGAUGAAGAAGGAGUUUGAACGCCGGAUAGCCGAUAGGCAGAGGAAGGAUGACACAGUUCGGAGACAGGCAGUGCAAGCUAAGUCUACCUGUGGUAACGGGGGAAAUGUCUAUGACUUCAAUCAUGAUGAUGAAGUUUUGGACAGUACGGCUGGCAAAUACUAUAAGAAAUUAAGUUGUACUUCAUCUACAAAGACAUAUACCCAGGUUAAGGGCGCAGCAUGUAAAGAAGGAAAUUCUUUAAGCCAUGCCAAAUGUGCUUACCCUGUCAUGGGCCCAAAGAAAGAUGGUCUAAUAGCAAAAUAUUCAGUGAAUCAUCAACUGAAAACUUCUGCACGUCUCCCAAAGAGUACAGAUUGUGAGCUUUUAAAUACGGAUAUUGACACAACAAAGAAAUCAACUUUAAGGAGCUGCACCACAAAUCCUCAGGAAAAUAACACUCUCGACUCAAAGGGCAUAUGCACCAAAUUUCUUGAAGAAAAUGCCACAUGUGGUAGUAACAGGAGGUCAAACCUUACAAAAAACAAGGCCUCCGCAUCCUUUAAGUGUAAAAAGGAUGUUGUUCUCUUGGAUGAUGAUGAUGAUACAGAGCAUGCUAGAUCUGCUGCUGAUGUUGAGAUAUCUAAUAAACGGGAUGAGUCAAAGAUCUACUAUCCUUCAAGAAUUGAUCCAGAAGCUGUUGAGCUGACUUACUCUGACAUGAAAUGUCUCGAACCUGAAGAAUAUUUGAAAUCACCUGUUAUAAAUUUUUGCCUUCAGUACCUCAAGAAAUCAAGACAUCGUGGAGACUUGUACAUGUUUAACACAUAUUUCUAUAGCAAACUUCAAGAAGCACUAUCCACACUGGGUGACCGUGACUCACAAUUCAGCAAGUUACGGAGAUGGUGGAGAAAUGUAGAUAUUUUUAAGAAAGCAUACAUAAUUUUGCCGAUUAAUGAAAUGAUGCACUGGAGCUUGAUCAUUGUUUGCAUGCCUACAAAAGAGGGAGAUUCAGGGCCAAUUAUGCUUCACUUGGACUCUCUUGGGCUUCAUAACAGUCAAAAGCUUUUUGACACAGUUGCGAGAUAUCUUGAAGCAGAAUGGCGGCAUCUACGGAAGGAUUCUUCUUAUGAUAUUCCAUUUUCAGGGAUGAUAUGGAAGCGUCUUUCAAGAAAUAUAAAGGGGGAAAAGGUUGAGGUGCCACGUCAGCGUAACGAGUAUGACUGUGGCCUCUUUAUGCUUCAUUACAUUGACAAGUUUAUUCAAGAGGCGCCAGAGAGGUUUACAAAAGAGAGUCUUGGCAUGUUUGGACGCAAAUGGUUCUGCCAUGAAGAAGCUUCAUGGCUACGAGAGGGGGUACGGGCACACCUGUUCGAUUUAUUUCAGAGUGCGGAAGAGGAUGAUGGACCAUCAGAGCCAGAGUGGCAUCCAGGCGAUCAUUCUGAAGGAGAAGACAAGGAUGCGGACACAGUCAUGGCUAUAGCACUUGAAUCUGACUGACAAAUGAACGGCACGUUGCCUCCUCUUUCCAGCGACGUGGGGAUCGGUGAACUCUGAUCUUGAGAUUUUCAGCAAACACCGGCUCUGUACAGCUUGGAGAGCUUCGCGUUGGAUCAGAGAUGCUAUGCUGCCGCUGAGGGCGCGAGUGCGCUGCUCCAUAAUUAUGCUGUUUUGGUCUUUUGGAUAUGGAGCGUUGGAAAAGAGGGCACCAAGUUGGUUUCCCUCUCGUUUAACCCUCGUUCAUUCAAAGUGAACUUGGGCGGUGGAAAUGUACAGUGUAAAAAUUAUGCUUUAGGCAUGCAAAUUGCAAAU